GCCCGCCCGCCAAGCGCCGACGGCGGCAGUCGUCGCAAGGUGACGUUAAUGGCGUCGAGGCGGAAGAGGAGGGCGAUGACGGUGGCUACGGAAGCAGCGAGGAUGACGGGGAUCAAGGUGACGUACCGGAGUGGGUCGAUGAUGACGAUGCGGAUCUCGAUGUGGAUCUUGACGUGCACUUUGAGGAGGAAGAGGAGGUGGAUGAGCUUGCAGCCCUGGGUGAUGUGGAUGGUGCAGCAGCGGCAACGGCGGCGGCGGGUCUAGCCCGAGUGGACAGCCGGGCGGCUUGGUCGCAGCCCUCAGUCGCCGCCGCUGCCGAUGAAGCCCAAGACAUGGCGGCGAUAGCGGAGGCGGCCGCGGCAGUGUCGGAGGCGGCAGCCGUCAUGAGUGUCGACGGCGGCGGCCGCCGCCGCCGCAGUAGCGUCAGCGGAGGAGGCGCCGCUACCGUCGCCGUGGAGGGCUUGCCGGAGGCACAGCUGUCAUACCUUCGCGCGCUCAGUCGUCAAGACGUGUCUGGCGCGGACUUGGGGGAGCUGCUUGUGGGUUUCUUCAACCGUUACGGCGUACGGCUGGAUCUAGCAACCGAAGCGGUUAGUGUCGUACGAGGUGGCAUCACUCGGAAGCUCCCUGCAUGGCGCAAGUCGUACCACGGCCGCGGACGGCUGGCGGACGGCAGGCGGCCGGGGUCGCUGUUGGCGGUUGAGGAUCCACAGCAGCGUUGGGCAGACAUUGCCGGCGGCUCGUUCAACAUUUCGGGGGUGCUGGAACGCUUCGCGCAGGCUGCCCGGGCCCUGGGGGGAGCAGGAGCGGGGACGCAGGGUUUCGGAGGGCCGCAGAGGGGAAGUUUGCAGUCCGGGGAGGCCUGCGAGAGGGCCAUGUGGGCUGCCGUACAAUCGGACGGCUCACACCGCUCCUUUGACCAAGGUGCCGUACAACAAGAUGCCGGCGUUGGCAUUCGGGCUGGUGCCAGCACUGUACGGCAUCGGUACACGUUGCUGCGUGCCGUACUGGAUCCUGAUUUGGCACUGUGCCGCUCGGCGGCAAUGGCGAGGAACAGGGCCGGUCACGCCGCUCGCUUAACGGCUCAAGCGCAAACCCAGCUGGGGUGUGCAGCUCCCAUUGAUGGCGGACGCGGCGGCGGCGGUGGUGGCGGCGGCGGUGAUUGGGGGGAGCGAGAAGACAGUCAAGGCGGCAACAAACGGCGGCGUAGCAGCAACGGAGGCGAGCGGUUGAAUGUACGACAGCAGCGGAUAGCAGCGGCGAAGGAGCGGCGGCGGCUUUCGGAGAACGAGCGGCAGCUGCAUCGUCGAGAACGGCAGCAGCAACAAGGACAAGCACUGCAGGGUCAUCCUGAACAACAGGAGCCGCUGUUGCAUGGGGCCCCGGCGUCAGUGGACGGCGACGUCAUGAAGUUCAAGAAGCAGCGACGUGGUCAGAGC